CCCUCACGGCCGCUGUGCUGCCGCCGCCCCGAAAAUGGCGCCGGGGCGGUUCUGGCGCUGCUGCCUACACGGCGCAGGCUGGGUGCCAGUGCUGUUCAUCACUUUCGUGGUGGCGUGGUCCUACUACGCGUACGUGGUGGAGCUGUGUGUGUUUACUCUUUCUGGAAAUGGAGAAAAUGGAAAGGCCGUUGUUUACCUUGUGGCUUUUCAUCUGUUCUUUGUUAUGUUUGUAUGGUCCUAUUGGAUGACAAUUUUCACCUCUCCCGCUUCCCCCUCCAAAGAGUUCUACUUGUCCAAUUCUGAAAGGGAACAUUAUGAAAAAGAAUUCAGCCAAGAACGACAACAAGAAAUUUUGAGAAGAACAGCGAAGGACUUACCUAUCUACACCACAUCAGGCUCAAGGACCAUCAGAUAUUGUGAAAGAUGUCAGUUGAUUAAACCUGACCGGGCGCAUCACUGCUCAGCAUGUGACAUAUGUAUUCUUAAGAUGGAUCAUCACUGUCCUUGGGUGAAUAACUGUGUGGGAUUUUCUAAUUACAAAUUCUUCCUGCUGUUUUUAUUGUAUUCCCUAUUAUAUUGCCUGUUCGUGGCUACAACAGUUUUACAGUACUUUAUAAAAUUUUGGACGCUUUGCCGCAGGAAGUCUACACAGAGUUGUCCAAAGAAUGAACUCACAGAUACACGUGCCAAAUUCCACGUACUUUUUCUUUUCUUCGUGUCUACAAUGUUCUUCAUCAGCGUCCUAUCACUUUUCAGCUAUCACUGCUGGCUAGUUGGAAAAAAUAGAACAACAAUAGAAUCAUUUAGUGCACCCACAUUUUCAUAUGGACCUGAUGGAAAUGGUUUCUCUCUCGGAUACAGUAAAAAUUGGAGACAAGUCUUUGGCGAUGAAAAGAAAUACUGGCUACUUCCAAUAUUUUCAAGUUUGGGUGAUGGUUGCAGUUUUCCAACUCGCCUUGUGGGAAUGGAUCCAGAACAAGCUUCUGUUACAAACCAAAAUGAAUAUGCCAGAAGUAUUGGCUCAAAUCAACCCUUUCCUAUCAAACCACUUAGUGAAUCAAAAAACCGAUUGCUGGAUAGUGAAUCUCAAUGGACAGAGAAUGGAUCUGAAGAAGGUACUGUCAGAUCAGGUUUAUAAAAACAUGGACUGAUACUUUCAGUAUUAUUUGCAAGAAAAUUAUCAAUGGGAUGAAAUAAUUGAAGUAUAACAGAAGAUAUAUUUUUUCAAAAAAGGAAGCCUUUGUACAGAUUCCUGGAUCCACAGAAGCGCUACUGCAGAGCAGGAAGAUGCCUUAAUCUUAAGUCCAGCAUUGACUUAAAGCUGCAAAAGUGACUUGAUUUUACUUUGCAAAUAACACUUAUUGUUAUGAAAUGCUAUAAUAUGUCGGAUCACAUGUUAACAUGGCAUAUGUAUUUUUUUUUUGAUACCUGAGUUACAUUAUCAGAGUUGUUUCUUGGUGUCUAUAUGAAUUUUCACUCCAGAAACAGAAGCUAACAAAUUCUCUUAAGUAAAGAACAUCUAGGACAGUAUGGUGGCUGAAACUGAAUAAUAAUAUCCAAAUUACUGUUGCUUGUACUAUGUAGGGAAAAGGAAAUGACUGCUUUCUAAAAAUUGGGUGUUUGAUCAUUUAUAAAUACUGUUUUAUACUUUUCAACAUUUUUAAUAAAGAUUUUUUAUUGUUGGCUAUACAGUAACACUCAGAAGGAUUAAGAUAUCUAAAUAUAAUGAUUUACAACAUGGAGCACAUUUGUAUAAUUCAUUGAAGGUUUAGUUCUAAGCAUUAAUACAACAAUGUUGUAUAGUGUUGUGCCCAAGGCUUAAAGGAAACUUGGCAGUAUAAAAAAGAUUUUUGUUUCUCUCUGAUUUAUAAUUACUUUAAAAAAAUUUUUAUUAGUAUACAUACAGGAGAACACAAAGGCACUCAGAAAUAUUGGACAAAGGCAGGCCCCACAACCCAGGCCCUGACCAGGAAUCAAACCGUGACCUCCUGAUUCAUAGGUUGACACUCAACCACUGAGCCACACCAGUCAGGCAACCUGAGUAGUCAUUUAAAACUUCCAGUCUCUGAAAGAUGGAUUCCACUCAUAAAUUCAAAAUACUAAAUCUGACUGAACAGCAACAUCUUUCUACCUAGACACAUACCCUCUUUUCCUUUUGAAAUCCAGUCUAAGGGACAAGAAAUGUUGCAUCUAUGCAAUAUAUAUAAAACCCUAAGUGACCAGUCGCUACGACUCACACUGACCACCAGGGGGCAGACACUCAAUGCAGGAGCUGCCCCCUGGUGGUCAGUGUGCUCUCACAGCGGGAGUGCCGCUCACCUGACUGACAGGCAUCAGACGCCAGGCUCACGGCAGGUGCAGUGGGGCCAGGAUGAGUGGGAGCAGCGUGGUCCCUGGCCCAGGUGGGGCUCCUCCCCGGCCGCUUUGCGCACUACUUCAUCCCUCAGGGGAUGUCAGACUGCCGGGUUCGGCCCAAAACCAGCAGUCCGACAUCCCCGAGGGGUCCCGUAUUGCCAGCGGGCACAGGCCACGUUGAGGGACCCCUCCGCCUCCAGUUAAUUAUAAAUAAAAAUUCAAUAUCUUACAAAGGAGAAACAAUGUAAAAAUGUCAAUCCUUAUUUAUACUAGUCAGUCAAAUAUACACACACAAACCAAAAUAAUUGAUUGCUUCCAGUAGUGGAUAGAGAUAAAUGUUUUUUUAAAAUAUAUUUUUAUUGAUUUUAGAGGGGGAAAGAGAUAGAAACAUCAGUGAUGAGAGAGAAUUAUUGAUUGGCUGCCUCCUGCACCCCACACUGGGGAUGGAGCCCACAACCCGGGCAUGUGCCCUGACCGAGAAUCAAACUGUGACCUCCUAGUUCAUAGGUUGACGCUCCAUCACUGAGCCACGCCAGCAGAGCUAAAUGUUAACCAGAAUCUAUAAUUAUCUAGGAUUAUAGUUUUCUUAUCUGUAACAUAGGAUUGAGAGGACAAGGUGAUACGAAUGACUUGGACUGGAUGACCUCUAACAUUCUUUGAUUUCUGAUUUUGCAAAAUCACCUUACUUUUCAUUCAUCCAACAAAUACUUCUGGAGUACCUUCUAUACAUCAAACAGUAUACUAGGGAUAGCUCUAUACUUUUCUAAUGUCAUAUACAUUUUAUUUUUUUUCCACAUAAGUUUUAUAAUAAACUAUUCCAGGUUUACAAUUGAUAGGAUUUGCCUAAUUCCAUUGACUAAAUAGUAAUAUUGGGUUUUAAAAGGAAGUUUCCACUUUGAACUGAAGGAAUAUGGUAGCUUUAAAAAUAUAAUAUGGAUUCUUCCACCUUUUUUCACCUCUGUAGUCUUGAUAAUCUUUAUUCUAAAAAACUUUUAAGUAUGAGAGUUAAAUGAGUGAUACCAGUUACCAACCAAAAUCAUUAUUUUGGCAGUUUCCAUAUGAUAAAGAAAUAGUCAAUGUUUUAAACUUAAUACUUUCAGAAAUGAUCUGGCACUGUUCAUGAGUAUUUCUACAUCUAGAUCAGGAUUGUAUGCAUCUGAUUAACAAGUGAGGAAACAAUUUACCCCCUUAGUGUAUUCAGGCACUUUUGUGGUGGUGUAAUCUUUUAAGUUCUGUUAUUCAAUAUCAUCUUUAAUAGUGUAGUAAAUACCUUUUCAGAAAUUUUCAAUGAAAGCCUUUUAAUUACCUUUGGUUUAAUUAAUGGCCAACAUUUUACCACAUUCUGAAUAAUAUUUGGCUGAGUUUAUUCAUACACAUUCACUACUCUUCAGUAAGGGCCUACUGGUGUAGUGUGGGAAUCAGGGACCAGCUGCCUCUUUGGUAUUUCAACUGGUAUUGGUUAGUGCUGUCACUCUUUGGGGAGAAAGGUCAAAAUGAAGCCCUGUGAAAAUUUAUUAGUACUGUCUUUGGUCCUUCAAACACUUGAACAAAUGUGAUGACAUUUAAGGAUAUUAAGUUGAAUUUCAGGUAUUGCCAUUGCCAUUAAAAAAAAAAAGUAGACAGGAGACUUGAUUUUACCUGGUACAAACUUACAUUCAGUCCCUGAGGUAUCUGACCAGUAUCACUUUGCCAAACCAAAGAGUAGCUGCAGCAGAGUAGUUAUUAAUCAGGGACACGUUUACAGAGUUUAGUUUCAUCUUUACAUAUGGCUGAUUUUUUAAAUAUUUUUACAUAUUUAAUGGUUCUGAUUCAAUGUGUCAUAAGUUAAUUUGACUAAGAUUAGUUUAAAUCAGAUAGGCAAUUUUUAUUUGAAUUUUAUUUCCAAUAGAAUACAGAUUUUUACUUUGUUUACAGAGUGUUUAAAUUCAAGAUUAUCAGACAUGUCAGAUUUCCAUUCAGUAAACUUUAAAGCAAUAAAUGUAUAUUAAGGGCUUGGUGUAUAUUAAGGGAUUUGCAUAGCUUAUGUUUUGUUCUAGGAAUAGCAUUGUUAUCAAUGGAAAAUACUUUUAAUCUAUUACUACGAAAUUAAGUAUAUUUUUGCAUUUCAGCCAAAAUAAAGACCAGAUGUAAUAUGUAAGAUACCGGUAAUAAUAAGUCAACAGGGGUUUCAUAUAAUUAGAACUAUGUUUUACAAUUUAAAUUUAAAAUGCAAUAUAGAUUCAGAAAGGUCCAUAUUUUUCUAACAAGUUCACUUUGUAUUAUUUUGUUGGUUUACAUAAGGAAGCAAGGAUUUGUAUUUAUAUUAAAAGCUUGAGAAAGCUAUUAGUCAAGUUUAUUGUAUUUGUACAUGAUUGCAGAUGAGUGCAUGCCCAUUUAAAAGAAAAGAUGGACACUAUUUUAAAGUGAUCUUUAAUGUUUUUAUUUAAACAGAUUUGAAAUACAGUUUAUUUUGGUUGUCUUUACUUACCGAGUCCCUCCCAUAAGUCUUGUAUUUGUUUUUCAUAAAUAUAACCCUGGACCAUGACUUAAUGUUAAUUUUUUGCUUUGUCUUUUGAAUAGCCUAACUACAUUAACAUGAAGGCUGAACAUUUUAAACUUUUUUCAAAAAUCAUAACUUACUUUUUUAUAUAAAAAUAAAGUUCUGUGUUUGAACAGUUUGUUGUUGUUAUAAAGUGGUAUUUGCCAAAUGAAAGAAUAACUAUUAUUUUGGUCAUAAAUCUGGUCAAAUAUUGUUUAGUUAGAGAAAGAAAUUUGGCUAAUAAUUUGGAGUAACUACAUCUAAGACAUUUAAUAUUUGAAUGUAACAAUAUUAUAGUUUACCUAAGCCAGAGGUAUAGAUUGCUUUAUUCAAAAAGAUUUUAACUUAGUUUUUACUGAACAUAAUUUUCAAUUCAGAAGUAACUUUUGGAUCAUAAGUACUUGCGAAACACUAGAAGUUGUUGAAUUGUGGUUUUCAAAAUGCUGAAUAAUAAAUUUUAUUUUAUGUAGAA